AUGACCUCGUAUUUAGACUACUUUUCGAGCGGCGAUAUGAUGACAUUCACGGCAAAAUUCUGUCACGAGGAGGAAAAGUCUGUGCCUCCACAUUACCCAAGGGAAACCCUGGGCAGGGCAGCGACAGGUAUUCUGGAUCAUCUCACCAACGCCCGGUCAAUAUCGGAUGUGAAUCAAAGUGCAUUUCAAGUGCAAUGCGAUAACAACGCUGGUGGGUCUGGGUUGUACUGCGCAGGUCCUGGACCGGGUGGUGAUACAGCUUUCCGAUGCUCCAGUGCAGCCGAGGACGCUGGAGUGUCUUCCCAUUAUGUGAGCCCUGUGUACUUAGGAGGCGCCUCGUUUCCCAACCACAUCACGGAGUCUUGCUACAGCAGCACUGACGAAAUAAACCAAUACAAACAGAGCGAUAAAGUCUCCAGGGGUUAUGACUGUUCGAAUUAUAAAAAUCUACCGCAAUCUCAGGAGAAUUACCCUUUAACUGUUCCUCGCCAGGAGACAACCCUCGCCGUAGCAAACACAUUCGAGUGGAUGAAAAUUAAAAGGAAUAACCACAGAACCAGUAGCAAACUUGCGUGUGGCUCCAUCCCGAUUGCUGCAACGUCUCGAACAAAUUUCACCACAAAACAGUUAACGGAGCUGGAAAAGGAAUUUCAUUUCAACAAGUAUCUUACCAGGUCCAGAAGAGUUGAAAUAGCGCACAGCCUACUUUUGAACGAAACGCAGGUGAAAAUCUGGUUUCAGAACAGGAGGAUGAAACAAAAGAGGAGAGAAAAGGAGGGCCUUGUUCUGAGUCCUAGCGGUUCUAAAGGCUCCGAAUCUUCGUCGUCAGAACUGAAUUCUCCCGUGUCUUCGCCUCCCUGUUCCCCUCUCUCAGCCAGCUCAAAGUCCUGA